AUGUCCUCCCAAAGUCCCCAGAUUGUGACGCUCCCAGCGCCAGUUCGCAACCAAACAUACGUCACUGUCGCAGCCCUCGAUGCCGGCCAUCUCACCCUUCCGGAGAGGCUCUUCGUGACAGAUGCCGACCCCGAAAAACGGACUACGGUCCCGUCCAUGUCCUUCCUAAUACAACACCCAUCCUCGACGUCUUCAAAGACGACAAACAUCCUCUUCGACCUCGGCCUCAAGCGCGACUUCUCCGGCUACCGCCCGGCCCAACAACACCACAUCUCCCAGCGCCAACCAACCAUCGUCUCCCCAGACGCCGCGGAAAGUCUACAAAAAGGAGGCCUCAGCCCACAAGACAUUGAUACUGUAAUCCUCAGCCAUGUGCACUGGGACCAUGUCGGUACACCUUCGGACUUCCCAAGCGCAACCUUCAUCGCCGGAAGCGGGACUCUGCACCUCCUAGCCCACGGCGGUGGACCCUUAUAUCCAGCGGAGCUAUUUAACGCAGACGAACUUCCAGUUGAUAGAACGCGGGAAUUACCGCCCGUAAGACCCGCGGAUGCUAAAUACGCCUCUGCUCAGCAAACACCCGCGUCCCUGCAGUGGAGACCUCUCGCCGGUUUCCCCGCUGUAAUCGACUUCUUCUCAGACGGGAGCGUCUACAUUGUCGAUGCUCCGGGUCAUUUAUACGGACAUGUCAAUUUACUCUGUAGGAUUGGAGAGGACAAGUGGGUAUAUUUAGGUGGUGACUGUUGUCAUGAUCCGAGGAUAUUGACGGGGGAGAAGGGGAUCGCGGAGUAUGACGAUGGGAAAGGUGGCGUGAGGAGUGUGCAUGUUGAUACGUGUGAGGCGGCAAGGACGGUGGAGAGGGUGAGGAGGUUGAUGGGGGAGAAGAAGGUGGUCGGUGAGGAUGGUAGGGAUGUGCAGGUUGAGAUUGUGGUGGCUCAUGAUAAGGUGUGGAGGGAAAGGAAUAAGGAGAGAUUUUUUCCUGGGAACCUGUAGAUGUUGACGGAACUCAUGAGGUCUACGCGCCCCACACGCCAACCCAACCUCGAGUACGCUUCGGAUGCAUUUGUAUUUGUCUGUGGCUUGCGCGCGGGAGGCUUACUGGUUCGGGGCAUCCGUCUUGGCUGCGUAGGGCCUCAGUGGGUAAAUCCUGCGGCUGAGCAAUGUGAAUUGCUCAACACUACUCCGCUUCAUCUCUACUCUCGGCCUACGGACGCGCGGAUAGGGUUACUGAUGUUAGGGCGGUGUUGAAUCCAGUGAGUUCGUCCUUCGUGACGUUUGGGGAGAUCCAGAACGCUCCCCAUUGAGAUAGUAGGACCCUUUCGGUGGCAUACAGCCUUCUUUCUUCGGAUAGAUUAAGUAGUUUCCCUUCUAAGUGAUU